CGAGAGCGAGCGCUAUUCCGUUAUCAGUUUCUCAUUCUCAAGACUCCAAUCCACGGGGAUAGAGAGAGAGAGAGAGAGAGAGAGAGAGAGAGAGAGAGAAUGUUAUCAACAUUUGGAAUCGAAACAUGUUGUUCACUAGUCCCAGCAAAAACACCUCAAAUUGGAAUCUCCCCCAAACCCCAAAACCCCUCAAUUUGUUCAUACCCAAACAAGAAACCCUUAACCAUUCCAUCCUCUUCCUCCGCCGCAACGCAGGCAAUCGGAAAUGAGGAGAGGGAGAAGAUGAAGGUGGUGGUGAAGGCGAUCGAGCGGCCGCGGCUGCUACUCAAGUUCAUCUGGAUGGAGAAGAACAUCGGAAUCGCCAUCGACCAGCUCAUUCCCGGCGGCCACGGCACCAUUCCGGUGAGCCCCUACUAUUUCUGGCCGCGCAAGGAUGCGUGGGAGGAGCUCAAGCUCAUGAUCGAGACCAAGCCCUGGAUUUCCCAGAAGCAGAAGGUCAUUCUGCUCAAUCAAGCCACCGACAUCAUCAAUCUCUGGCAGCAGACCGGCCAUUCUUGACCUUGUUCAUUUUUUAUUCUCUUUUUCUUCAAUCGUGAUAAAGCCAACUUUUCCUUCUUUUUUUUCUGUUGUUUUAGUUCUUGAAAUAUGAUGCUUUCGAUUUUAGCUAA